GGAGUGUGUCGCAGACGCAGCAGCAACCGCCACCAAUCACCACCACCUCCUCCUCCUCCUCGUCCCCCGUGCCCGCCCAACCGCGUGCCUCCUCUGCAAUUACAGACUCAGUACCACUACCAUCUCAAAGUCUCAACACUCUUCGUCGACACGGCCAUUAACAUCACACUCUUCUCGUUCCCUCUCUCUCUAAACCCUAAUUCUACAUUUCCUCUGCUUUCGCCAUCUUCUCCACCGAUUCGCCUCGAUCAAUCGCGGGGAAAACUCUUCACUUCCGUGCGAGAUCCGUGAGGGGCUGUGAAUCCUGCGGAUUGCUAUGGGUAGCGCCCGGUAGGGAAGUCUGGCGUGCAGUUUCGUGCCCGUUAAUGGCGGAUCCGCCGCGCGUCCGCAGCUAUAGAAGAGCCGCCGCCGCCACUUUCGUGGAUUCGGAUUCUUCGAUUGAGCUUGGAGGAGUCGAAGAUUGCGAGGAUUAAAGUAUGCUGAGCGUGAUUCGCGUGCACUUGCCCUCCGACAUACCGAUUGUAGGCUGCGAGCUCACGCCUUAUGUGCUUCUGCGCCGACCCGACAAGACCAUCUCCAACGAAGACGUGUCCGACUUCGCUCCCUUCGAUGGCUACUUCCUGAGAUACAAGUGGUAUCGUGUCCAAAGUGACAAAAAAGUUGCUGUCUGUAGUGUGCACCCCUCAGAGCAAGCCACACUGCAGUGCUUGGGCUGCGUGAAGACCAAAAUACCUGUUGCUAAAAGCUACCAUUGUUCGCCCAAAUGCUUCUCAGACGCAUGGCAGCAUCAUCGAAUUCUACAUGACCGUGCUGCGAGUGCUGUAAAUGAGAAUGGAAAUGAAGAGGAAGAGUUAUUUGGGCGUUUCAACAGUUCGGGAUCUGGAAGUAUAAGCGCUAGUUUAUCUAGUUCUGGUUCAAUUCCUAGUCUUGCUAAUGGUUCAGCAUCUUUAUAUCCGGCAGCAGCUACUCAGAGGGCUGGUGGUGAAACUUUGAUUGAAGUUGGACGAUCUAAAACUUACACACCUACAGCUGAAGAUAUCGGUCAUGUUCUUAAGUUUGAAUGUGUGGUGGUAGAUGCAGGAACGAAGCUUCCUGUCGGGCAUGUCAGCACCAUAGUAACUUCUCGUGUCAUUCCAGCUCCCUCCCCUAGCCCUCGUCGAUUGAUUUCAGUCAGUGCAAAUGAUUUGAUGGGACAUUUAGAUGCUGAUGGUCGCAUUUCAUCGUCAGGAACAUUUUCCGUGUUGUCAUACAACAUUUUGUCUGAUAUUUAUGCCACAAGUGAAUUAUACAGUUAUUGCCCUUCAUGGGCUCUUUCUUGGCCAUAUCGCAGACAGAAUCUGCUUCGGGAAAUUGUUGGUUACUGUGCGGAUAUUAUUUGCCUUCAGGAGGUUCAAAGUGAUCACUUUGAGGAAUUUUUUGCUCCUGAAUUGGAGAAGCAUGGCUAUUUAGCUUUAUAUAAAAGAAAGACAAAUGAGGUUUACAGUGGGAAUUUCAAUGCAAUAGAUGGUUGUGCAACAUUUUUCCGGCGAGACAGAUUUUCCCAUGUUAAGAAAUAUGAGGUUGAAUUUAACAAGGCUGCACAGUCUUUGACAGACGCUUUGCUUCCUAGUGCACAAAAGAAAAGUGCCUUAAGCAGAUUGGUGAAGGAUAAUGUUGCUUUAAUAGCUGUUUUGGAAGCGAAAUUCAGUAACCAAGGAGGUGACAAUCCUGGGAAAAGGCAGCUUCUUUGUGUGGCCAAUACGCAUGUUAAUGUCCCCCAUGAUCUCAAAGAUGUGAAGCUUUGGCAGAUCCACACUCUAUUGAAAGGAUUGGAAAAAAUAGCUGCCAGUGCAGACAUUCCAAUGUUGGUGUGUGGGGACUUCAAUUCAGUUCCUGGAAGUGCUCCUCAUGCACUCCUUGCUGAGGGAAAGGUUGAUUCUAUGCAUCCAGAUUUAGCGAUUGACCCUCUAAAUAUCCUGCGUCCUUCUAGCAAGCUGGCUCAUCAAUUACCACUGGUCAGUGCGUACUCGUCUUUUGCAAGAAUGGGUGUUGGUCCUGCUUCAGAACAGCAGAAGAAAAGAAUGGACCCCACAACAAAUGAACCUUUGUUUACAAGCUGCACUAGGGAUUUCAUUGGCACCCUGGAUUACAUUUUUUACACAGCGGACUCUCUAACGGUGGAGUCCUUACUAGAGCUCUUGGAUGAGGAGAGCUUGAGGAAAGACACAGCUCUUCCUUCUCCAGAGUGGUCUUCAGAUCAUAUAGCUUUGUUAGCUGAAUUUCGCUGCAAUCCUAGACCCAGACGUUGAUGUUCAGCAUUUGUAGGUCACAUUGGAGACACCAAGGAAAGUUAUAAAGAAGCAAAUGACUCGACAGCACUCACUUGUUGUAAGAAUGGUACAUAUUCUUUCUGCAAUUUUCCCCCAGUUGGGGAUCCUUGCUGUGAUCUUUUUGUAUCAUGCCCCCUUUUUUCUGUCCACAGAGAAAAGACAGUUAGUCCUUUAGAUGUGUUUUCUUCUCUUUUGGGGCUAACAGAAAUUUGCUUAGAAAUGUCCAGUUGCUCUUUGGGUGUACUAGAAAAUCCUCGCCCAGCCAGCAGUUAAUAUAGUAUGCAUGCCCUGCUUUU